CAAAAGAAUCAGUCUUUCACGAAACAUUUACCUUUUGUGAUUUGCAAAUUUACUAUUAAUUCUUACUUUCGUCCUUUACAACAAUCAGUUGGUUAAAUUGUUUUCAUCAAAAAAUUUGUCUAAUUAGUUUUGUGUUAUUGCUAAUUAAUUGCAGGUUGCUGAGUUUGAUUAUCGGAUGCGGAUCAUUGAGCAUAAUUAACAAUUAAGACGAACCGCAAGCUCAAAUCAGCGUGUUCGAGCUCGCGAUAAUGUGAAGAUAGUUCGACAACUAUUCUGAGAAAGGCAAAAAGUCUGUCUUCAUUCUUUUAUUGAUUGUUCUCGGAAACAAGUUUCUCUCGAAGAACCAACAAGAUGAAACCUUCACGCAUCAAAAAAUUGACAACUCUUGUCUUUUUUAUUUCGUUUGCUUCCGAAACCGUCCAGUCGGUUUUAGAAUUUAAUACCGAACUCGCGAAUAUGGUGAACUUCACUCUUUAUAACUCGUCGGCCGACCUCAAGUCGGAAAUUCAAUCCGAUUUCAACUCGUUUCAAUCAAAUAAUAACCAAAAAACGAGACAAAUGUCAAACUUACUAGUUGUCUCGUCAAUUGACAAGUAUUUUCAACUGUUGAAUAACGAGGAAUUACGCGCGAUAAUCAAGACACACCCGAGCGAUUUAACGACUCACUUAAAAGUUUUCAGGGCGCUUUCUGAAUGUGGAAAAGUUGAACCGGCUCCUUGUUCAGAUAGAUCAUCGGCGUAUAAUCUCACGAGACACUUAAAACCGACUCUAAAAUGGACCCAAAAUUUGGGUUUUAAUGCCCAAAUUGACGAAGUUUUUCUAACGGGCGACUUCAAAAAAGUAACUUCAGAUUUCGCGCGAGGAGCAACGGAAAUCGAGUUGCAGUGGCUUUACGACAAUCAAUUACUCACGACUCAUUUGAUGCGACUUGUCAGCUCUUUGGCGACUCUUGAAACUCGAGACGACGGAUUAUGUCGAUAUGUUUUGAAUCUUCUGGGGCAGAUUCAAAAACAAGAUCUAACUUUUCGUCUCGUUCCAGCAGAUUUGGAACCUUGGCUGCAUUGUAUUUCACCGUACGAAACAGAAAAUAUAAUUAAGAAUUGGAAAGAACUAAUCUUGGAUAAUUUAGACUCUUUGAAACCCGAGAGUCAGAAGGAAACGGUCGACUCUUUGACCGAUUCGGUUAAUUGGGCGAUCGAAUCAAAUUUGCGCACGUAUCACAGUGAGUUAGGCAGAUUAGCUAAUAUAGGUUCAAAGGUAUCAUUAAUUAGAAUCAAUGAUUUUGUUCAAUUAGCAUCCCGCUUGCUGAACGUACCAAAUAACUUGAAAUUUGAUGCCUCACAGAACCCGUUUUUGAUACAAGUUUUAGAAGAUAAUUUUGUGAGUUACUCUAUGGAUAGGCACAGAAGUCAUUACCCUUUGGGUCAACUUCUCUCGGUAGUAACUCCUGAAGACAUAAAACAACACGGAUUGGUUUCGCAAAUUGAAUACGUUAUAGAGGACAAGACUUACAAUCUAGAUGCAUUACCGCACGAAAUGAUUCAGUUUAUCGCAGAUACCUACACGUCGACGAAGCCUCAACAGACGCGAGAGGAAGUAGCUUUAAACUUAUGUGAGCUGGCAUCGGGAAUUCCCCUAACUGAGUUCGAAUCCCUACCAAGUCAAAUAUUUUUGCAGUUGGUUGAAAAGUGCCCUGUUUUUCUGCAAGCAGCAACGCAUACACAGAAACUGAUAAUAGCUGAUAAAAUAGCAAAUGACUUGUCAAUUACGGCACUGCCUUCAAACUUAGUACCUUAUUUAGGCAUAUUAGAAACACAACACUUCAUAUCAAAAGCCGAACUACCCGUCGACGAAAUCGAAGAUCCUAUAUUUCAAUCUGAGAUUUACACGCAAACUUAUCGACUGACCCCAAAAAUAGCGGAAGACAUUGGUUCCACAAUUUUGGGUAUGGACUUUGAUGACCUAAAUGAACUUUCGCUCGUGGACCAAAUUGACAUUUUACGCAUCUACGGCUCGCGGAAAACUCAGUUCACAAGAUCACAAGCGCAGUUUGCAGCAAAAAUGUUUCGAGAAAAUUUCAAAAAGUUGAAUGUCUUACCUGAUUUUACAAUUCAAUUGCUGCCCUAUCAAGAUAUCUUUUUCAUGCCUGCUGAAAUGUUUCUAGAAUUCGAGGAAAACGAGUGGGAAGGAGUGAACAAACUAGCCUGUCAUAAUAUUUUCAGUCGGGUGAAGGACGAAUACCUACUUGAACUGCCGACGCCUCGACUUAGAAUGUUAGCCAAGGUUUAUAUGAAUAACUGUGAGCGAGCGCCAUCCAAACGAUCAUUGCAUGAACCAAUGACACAAAAAGAUGUCGACAAUUUGAGACAUCUUUUAUGUUACGUUGCGAUAAAAACUGUCAAUGAAAUGUCGUACGAACUGCUUAGCAACGGAUUAAUCUACUUCAGCAAAUGUGAAAUCGACCAAAAAACUGCUGGAGUAAUUCAAGACAAAUUUCACUUUGUUUUCAUCACGCCAAAAAAAGUCGAAGAUUUGGGCGCGAAUUUUUGCUCAGUUUUCAAAUUCGACCAUAACUCAACAGAGCGACUUUAUCUUCAGAAAGAAUACUUUUUAUCGGCGUUUUUAAAAGUUCUUAAUGAGCUUGGAAAAGAAAAUGAAUUGAGUAAAAAUCAAAGUGAAUGUGCAAAAAUUGUGUCAGGUCUGGUUACCCAAACCAUUCGAUCAAAUUCUAUUGCAGGCUUGGAAUCUCUUUGCAAGUCAGGGUCCGAUAAAUUCCUAACUUGCCCGGUAAUUCGAAGCCUAACUUGGGGCAACAGUUUCUUAGAAGCGUCAGAAUUUCAAAAAUUUUCGAGCAAAUGCGAUUUAGAGCGAUGCUCGAUUUUCAUCAAAGAACACCAAAAAUUCUUCAAAAAUGAAGUUUUAACGGAAAUCGCUGAAACUAUUUUCCCGGCGGAUGCUGAAAUCACACAUGAACAAGUUAUUAAAUCAGCUCAUGUUCUUCCGUUCACAAACAUCAGUGUAAAUAGUAUCUUGAACUUGGUAACCGACAAAAAUCCUCGAAGUUUUGAGGUUCUGGAAUCUAUUGGGAAAGUUGAAGGAUUUCUUUUCGACUCCAAUGAUUUCUCUCGGGUAUAUGAAGCAGUUGGUCCUCUAAACAUGUGGAAAGUUUCGAUUUUUGGAAACCUUAUGUGCGAAUUACCAACGGAGACACACAACAACGCAAUCAAAUCUUAUUUCGAGUCGGUUGACCAAUUACGAAAGAGUAUUCCCAUCAUAGGUCAACUAACGACUUGUUCCGAUAGAUUUUAUUCAAAUUUCGCCAAUCUAGCUGUUGACCUUUUUCGAUUUCCAGGAAUGAAUAUAACUCCUUUGGUUAUCACAAAACUGGGAAAUCUAGUUCCUUAUCUUAAUCCACGUUGGCUUAAAAGUUCGAGUAAGUUGGCAUUGCAGGCAGUUAAACCAGAAAUAGUCAACAAACUGAGUUUUACCGAAGUAAUCGAACCGAAUCUCAAACGUUUUUCAGUCGAGCAAAUUACAAAACUAUCCAACGAUCACUUGACCCGAAUGAGCUUCGAUCAGCUGGAAUAUAUGGCCUCGUUGACCAAUGGGCUUGCAGAAACCGAGCUUCUGUCGUAUACGACAACAAAAUCACCCCAAAGGGAAAUCGAAUCUGAAAGUUUGCUGCCAGAAAAUUACGAUUACUUUUCGCAGAAUAAUGUCAGAGUUAUCUAUAUCUACAGCAAUGUGGAUAAACUUGCUUCAAAGUUUAUACUUUUAUGCAGUUUGCGUAUCUUUAUCAGAAUUUUUUUUUAGUUAGAACACUAUAAUUUCUCCAAUUUUUUGCACAAAACAUACUAUGUAUCUUAAAACGUGUUUUUUCAAAAGUUGCGUAAAAUGUAAAUAUAUAUGUA